AUGCAGCAUGCAGGACGGUUCAGCUGGGAAACGAGAGCCUCUGAAUCGUCAGAUAGCUUUCUCUCCCCUGUACGGAGUAGAGUAAGCCACCAAGACAGGUCGCAAUCUACCCAGGUAAUAGGACACCCCUGUCACUACACGUGGCUCCACGAUCGCCUAGUUUCCAAGGUGCCUAUCACUCGCAUCGUCACGCCUUUCCGGCAGUACCUAAGCCACGCCAAUCUUCCCAGGCCCUCGGGGCUCCUAGUCUCUUGGGGCGGAAGCUGCUCCCACUUCCGGGCGGAUGAGGAUCGGAGGAUCUCGUCGGGAACCAUGGCCAUCGACUAG